CCGGGAAUAAAGCGGAUUAUCCCCCGCGCGCGGCUCCUCCAGGACUUCGGGAUUAGCGCGUUUCUGUGUCUGUCGAGCCCAAGUUUGCGUCCGUCCGAAAGGGGGUCCGAGCACGCGCCAUGGCCGAGAUUGGCAAAGGGGUGACCGCGGGGAAACUGGCCAGCAACGUCCAGAAGAGGCUGACCCGCGCGCAGGAGAAGGUCUUACAGAAGCUGGGCAAAGCCGAUGAAACUCGAGACGUGGUCUUCGAGGAAAUGGUGGCCAACUUCAACAAACAGAUGAAUGAAGGCACGAAGCUGCAGAAGGAUCUGAAAUCUUACCUGGCCGCGGUUAAAGCGAUGCACGAUGCGUCGCGGCGGCUACAGGACUGUCUCGCCGACAUGUACGAGCCCGAGUGGUUUGGGAAAGAGGAGAUGGACGCUCUCGCAGAGGACACAGACACACUUUGGUUGGAUUUCCACCAAAGCCUCACAGACAAAUCCGUCGUUACCGUGGAUACGUACCUGGGACAGUUUCCCGACAUCAAGGCUCGUAUAGCGAAGCGCGACCGUAAGAUGGUGGACUUCGACAGCGCCCGACACCACUUCGCCAACUUACAGAAGGGCAAGAAGAAGGACGAGGCCAAGAUCGCCAAGCCCACGGCCCUCCUGGAAAUGGCCGCCCCCAGCUGGGCUCAGGGUUUGAUUUCUGCUCAUCAGGUGGCUCAGACUAACCUCUCCUACAACCAGGCGGAGGAGGAGUUGGGCAGAGCUCAGAAGAUCUUUGAGGAGCUGAAUGUGGAGCUUCAGGACGAGCUCCCGGUGCUGUGGGACAGCCGUGUUGGCGUGUACGUGAACACAUUCCAGACCAUGGCCAAAAACCAGGAGAAGUUCCACCGAGAGAUGGGCAAGUUGAGUGAAAACCUGAACGACAUCAUGACCAAACUGGAGGAGCAGCGAGAGCUCAAAAAGGGAGAGAAGAAACACGAGGCUGUGAAGAGUGAGGAGGCAAACCACAGCGAAUCAGCCGCCUCAGCACCCAAGGGCGCGGUCACAAACGGCUCAGACGGUGAAAUGCCCCCAGGAUUUCUCUACAAGGUGAAGGCGGUUCACGAUUACGCUGCGACUGACGGAGACGAGUUGGAGCUCAAAGUUGGAGACAUGGUUUUGGUCUUGGCCUUUGACAACCCCGACGAACAGGACGACGGUUGGCUCUUGGGUCUGAAGGAGUCUCACUGGGUCCAGAAAAAGGACUUGAAAGGAAAAGGCGUCUUCCCCGAGAACUUCACCACCAAAGUGUGAGCCCGGGUCGAAGUCCUGGUCCAGUCCUGGUCCAGACCCGGACUGUCUCUGCUGUAAAACUCCAGAUUAACUGAACAAGAACUGUUACUUUUAUUUCAGUAGUAAAAUAGUUCUAGAUCAAAUCCUUAUAUAUUUUAUCUUGUUGUAGAUCUGGGUUAGUUUAGUCCUGGUUUAGACCUGGUUAAACCUUGGGCAGACCUGGUUUAGGCUCGGGUAGGACCGGUUCCUCUCGUCAGGCUCUCGUCCUGAUUGAGUCCUGGUUUAGUCCUCGGUCUUGGUUUAGAUCCGGUGUAGUACCACGUCCCGGUUUAGUCGUUCUGAUGAAAUAACUUUUUAAAAAUCUUGGUUUAGUCCUGGUUUAGUCCUAGUUUAGACCGGGUUUAGUCCAUUCGAGGAAAUUUUGGGGUUGAAUUUUUAUGAUUUAUUGUCAUCGAAAUGUAAAAGCUAAAAAAUAAUCCCGCGGAAAUGUUCUUUUUGUAUUUGUUUUGUCCGGCUCCAACGCUCCCAGCUACAAACCCACACAUAGAAAUGAAAUGUUGUCUUUUAUUAUAAUUCUUUGUACGUGAAAGUCCUCGUGGUGGGAGGAGUUCUUCUCAUGGCCUUCCUCAAGCAGCAAAGCCAAAGCUGCCGUUGAAUCGUGACUCGGAUUGACUUGUUUUUAAAUGAAAGAAUCGUCCAAAAGUUGUUUUGAAGAGAGAUUUUUACACUGUGUCUGUGACGAUCAAGACAAUGUUGGUUUCAGUCAAAGUUAAUAAAAAAUGCUGAUA